UGUUGUCUGCUUGAGUCAGUUCGUUUCAGAUCAAGCAAAAUGACUGUGUUGAAUUUCGUUGUGUGUUUCGCACUGUUGUACGGUUUGUGUGUAGCAGGCAUUCCAGGUGCACCGAGACCAAUUACCGACGAAACUAAGUUAACGGAACUUCGAAACAGUGUUACAACGCACAUGAGCAAAUUGAGUGGCCAGCAAAAUGGUGCACAACUUGAAUUCAUUAAAAUUCAUACAGCAACGUCGCAAACAGUUGCUGGUUCUUUGUACAAAAUAAUUGCCGAAAUCAACGAAAACAACCAAAUUGUCAACUGUACGGUGUCAUUGUGGGAGAAACCAUGGGAAAAUUUUGUUAAACUCGAUGUUGAAUGUGGUGAAGAGCCGAAGCGCACAUAUGGAUGGAGAUCUGACCAAGCCGAAACAACCACCGAACAGUUACCAUUACGCGUCUUUGGUGGUUUCAGUCCACUUAGCGAAGAAGCCCUUGCGGAUUUACAUCCAAAAGUCACAGAAUCAUUCACACAAUUGGGCAAAAAACACGAUGACUUCGAUUUGAUUGUGAAACGCAUCUUGAGCGGCAAGAGUCAAGUUGUAGCUGGCACACGAUAUGUGCUCACCGUUGAAGCUACAAAUCCAAAGGACGAAGUGAAAACUUGCGAAGCUGAUAUUUGGGAAAAGACCUGGGAAAACUUCUUCCGAGUUCAAUUGAAGUGCCAAGAGAAGGACUAUGAAAUUCAUCUCUAAAAUACGAAUAAACUUUGGAAAUUGUGUGAAUUCAAUCGAUUUUUCAAAUAUUUUUGAGAAUUGAAUGGAAAUUACUUCAAUAAAAAAAAAUUUUUGUUGCA